GUCGCUGCAUUUAGCGGUUCCUACUUGCUUUCUUCUGAUCAGCUGUCCACUUUUCUCUAAAUAAAAAAUAAAAACAAUCCAAUUAAUCCGGAUUUUAAUCAUUUGUCAACACUGAACACUCCAAGGCAAACAAUUUGCUGGAAAUUUACUGAGAACAGAAGAGAUAUUUAUAAUGGCCGAGCCUGAAGAGAAUCAAGAUCCGGAAAGCGAUCAGGACGAUCAGAAUUUCCCCAUGGAAAUUGAAAAUGGACACAUCACAGAUUCUAAUUCGGGGGCGGAAGGACAAAACAGUUCUGAAGAUGAAGAUUUAAUCUUGGUAAAUGUUUCUACUGGUGAAUAUGACAGAGAUAUUCCUACAACCCAUGGGUACCUGGGCAAACUAAAUCCACUUAGUGGAUACACAUUGUUUGAAGAAGGAGAUGUAUUACAUAACAUUUUCUCUAUUUACACAAAUACUUUGGUGUUUCCUGGUUUUACCUUGCCACUGGUCAUGAACAACACGUUUGAAAGCAGAGUUUUAAAAAAUUUUAUGAAUGAAAACAAUAAAGUUUUCGUUUUAUUAUGUGCCAAUUCAGUAUAUAAUGGUUUUUAUGAAUAUGGAGUCACAAUGGAAAUAUUUGAAACAAAUGAGAGAAACAAUAUGUUGCAUAUAAAAGCAAAGGGAAGACAAAGGUGCAAGAGGGUUACAGGAUCGAGAAUUGAUAAUGUUGCAGGUCGAAUAAAAUUGAUAACUGUGAAGAUACUGGCUGAGCCUCCUAUAAUUGGUCCUUUGGAAGAUACACAAUUAUUUUCUCUUAAAAAUAAGAGAAAGUGGAAAUUAAAUAAUUUUGACGAGCUGAAUGAGUGUAGAAAAUUUAGAAGAUAUCAUGCAGCACAAUUUAUUUGGCCAACCUGGGUGUUUGAAAUGAAUGAGGUUUCUUACUACACAAAAAUUCUGUUACAAGCACUCAGUUCGUUUGGGAGAGAACUAGUGCCAUCAGACCCAGAGAAACUGUCGUACUGGUUUGUUCAGAAUUACCAUUUAAAUCACAGAGAAAGACUACAAAUAAUGGGAUUGAGAAGUACUUUGGAGAGGUUGAAGUUGGAAGUUAUAUAUUUAAGACUUGGAAGAUUAAUUUGCUGCAAAAAUUGCGAGGUGGAAAUAACAGAUCCUACAAAAGUUUUCGCAAUGUCCAAAGAUGGUAUACAAAGUAAUUAUGUUAACCCAGGUGGCCACGUUUACGAAACUGUAACUGUUUUGGAAGCAAAAAAUUUUCAACUUCUUCUUGGGCCAUCCAGACAAUUUUCUUGGUUUCCCGGAUAUGCAUGGACAAUAAUGCAAUGCGCCAACUGCAACAAUCAUCUUGGCUGGAAGUUCAGUAGCCCCGACUUGACCCCCAAAAAGUUCUACGGCUUAGCCAACUCUGGCAUAAAAGUGAUUUCCACAAAAACUCUGACCGACGAAGAGGAUCUUAAGGAUGGUAGAAUCAGUUUUGCCAACGACUACGUCGGGCUGCAACUGUAAUGAUAAAACAUUCAAUUCGUGGGAAUGCGCUUGACUGUCAAUAGUAGAGUUCUUCUACGUUAAGCUGUGAUAAUUGCAACCAAUGACAUAUGGGACAGUUGAAUCCUAUUGAAGUGUUCAAGAAGUGAAUGUAUCUUCUUUAUAUCAUACAUUAUUUUUAACAGCUGCAGUUUUUCCUCCUAACAAUAUUUGUCUAAAGCUGGUUGUUACAACUAUUGAAAGUAACAAUCUUUAUGUAGUAUUUACUUAUAAAGAUGCACUACUUAGAUUCUAAUUGUCAUUAACAAUAAUUGAUUAAUAAACAUAUGUAUUUUUAA